AUGGAAACCGUUGCUUGGGCAGAGGGCCUUGACGGUGUCAGGUGCUACCAUCUGUUGCUUGCCGGAAGGUGCUCUGCGGCCCUCGUCUGCCUUGAUGUGGUCAGGCCCGUGGCCAAAGUUAUCAGCAGCGAGCCAUCUCUUUGCUUUACUUGUAAUGCUCAAGUCCGAUGCUUCCCGAGCUUUAUCACGCCAAAUGCUGCUGCCGCCGCUGCCGCCUCCGACCCAACCAGUCAACCAACCAAUCAAAACGCAAUCAGACGUUGUGCUAUUCCCCUGUGUCUCUGCUGUUUCUUCUCUCUUUCUGUUUCUCUCUCCCCCUCUCUCUCUUUCUGCCCCUCUCUCAUCUGGAUCUGUCCCUCUCUCUUUCUGCCCCUCUCUCUGUCUCUGUAUCUGUCCUUCGGUCUCUGUAUCAGUCUCUCUCUCUCUCUCUCUCUCAAACUCUCUCUCUCUCUCAAACUCUCUCUCUCUCGCUCUCUCUCUCUCUCUCUCUCUCUCUCUCUCUCUCUCUCUCUCUCGCCUUCUCAUUCAUCUCGACUGCGCGACGCGGUCUUGGACAAGGCUGGAGGCCCCCAACGCUGCACCCUCAACAACGACCCCAUUAACACAAAAGCCCUUCCUG